AUGGAGUUUUACGAGUCUACCUACUUCAUCAUCCUCAUCCCUUCCGUGGUGAUUACCGUCAUCUUCCUCUUCUUCUGGCUUUUCAUGAAGGAAACGCUGUAUGAUGAAGUCCUCGCGAAACAGAAAAGGGACCAAAAGUUUCCGCCUGCCAAGACCGAUAAAAAGAAAACGGAGAAGAAGAAGAACAAGAAGAAAGAAGCUCAGAAUGGGAACAUCCAUGAAUCUGAUUCUGAAAGUACCCCUCGGGACUUCAAACUCUCUGAUGCCCUGAGCACGGAUGAGGAACACGUCGUUCCGGCGCCCCUGAGCGCGGCCGAGGCGCCCAGCGGUGUUAGGGAGCGGAAGAAGAAGGAGAAGAAGCAUAAGGCGGUUCAAGAUGAUCAUGUAACUAAGGAUUCGGAAGGAUCCAAGUCUUCAGGCAAGAAAGUAGAACCAGUCCCUGUUACAAAACAGCCCACUCCACCAGCUGAAUCAACAGCAUCUAAGAAGAAACCUGGGCAGAAGAAGCAGAAAAAUGGCAUGGAUGAUCAAGAUGCUAAGACUGAUUCUGUUCCGUCUCCUGCCAAAAAGCAAGACCCAGUGCUGCUCCACCAAGAGAUAAAGCAAGAAAAUGUCUCGGGAAAGAAGAAAGUCUCAGCAAAGAAACAGAAAGUUGAUAACGCUUUGGUGGAUGAACCUCUUAUUCAACCAACUACUUAUAUUCCUUUGAUGGAUAAUUCUGAUGCCAGUGCUUUGGAAAAGAGAGAAGCAGUGGAAGUAGCAAAGCAAAAUAUAAAUGAGGGAAUCCAGAAGAGCAGCAGCAAGAAACUGAAGAAUGAAACUGAUAAAGAAAAUGCUGAAGUCAAAUUUAAAGACUUUGUAAUGACCAUGAAGAAUAUGAUCCUCACUGACGAUGAGGCCCGUUGUGUGGUGGAGGUGCUGAAGGAAAAGUCCACUGCAAUUCAAGAUGUCUUACAAAAGGCUAGCAAGGCCGAGUCGGCUGCAGCUCUCCACCAGCUCCAAGAGAAAGAGAAGAUGCUGGCUGCAGUGAAGGAGGAGGCAGCUGUUGCAAAGGAGCAGUACAAGCAGCUAACCCAGGAGCUGGUUGCAGAAAAGGAGAGAAACAGCUUGCUUACUGCAAAAAUGAGAGAACGUAUCAACACGCUAGAAAAGGAGCAUGGCACUUUUCAGAGUAAAAUACAUGUUAGCUACCAAGAAUCUCAGCAGAUGAAGAUGAAGUUCCAGCAGCUUCGUGAGCAGAUGGAGGCUGAAAUAAGCCACCUGAAGCAGGAGAAUGGUAUCCUGAGAGAUGCUGUCAGUACCUCUACCAAUCAAAUGGAAAGCAAGCAGUCGGCUGAGCUGAACAAACUGCGCCAGGAUUAUGCGAGGUUGGUGAAUGAGCUGGGAGAAAAGACCAGCAAACUGCAGCAAGAGGAGCUCCAGAAGAAGAACGCGGAGCAGGCGGUUGCUCAGCUGAAGGUCCAGCAGCAGGAAGCGGAGAGAAGAUGGGAAGAAAUCCAGGCUUAUCUCAGGAAAAGAACAGCAGAACAGGAGGCAGCACAACAAGAUGUGCAGAAUAAGCUUGUGGCCAAAGACAAUGAAAUCCAGAGCUUGCACAGUAAACUUACUGAUACCAUGGUGUCAAAGCAGCAGCUGGAGCAGAGGAUAUUGCAGUUAAUGGAGGCUGAGCAAAAGAGAGCAAGUGCAGAGGACUCUAUGCAGAUGCAGGUGCAGGAGCUGAUAGAGCAGAACGAUGCCUUGAACACUCAGCUGCAGAAGUUUCAUUCGCAAAUGGCAGCCCAGACCUCAGCUUCAGUCCUGGCAGAAGAACUGCACAAAGUGAUUGCAGAAAAGGACAAACAGAUAAAGCAGAUGGAGGACUCAUUAAGCAAUGAGCAUGCCAGUUUAACCAGCAAGGAGGAGGAUCUCAAGGUCUUGCAGAAUAUGAACUUAUCCCUGAAAUCAGAAGUACAGAAGUUACAGGCUUUAACAAAUGAACAGGCUGCUGCUGCACAUGAGCUAGAAAGGAUGCAGAAAAGCAUUCACAUGAAAGAUGAUAAAAUAAGAACUCUUGAAGAGCAGCUUCGAGAAGAACUUGCUCAGAUUUCAAACACAAAAGAAGAAUUUAAGGUUCUCAAGGAUCAAAACCGAAGUUUGCAAGCUGAAGUUCAGAAGCUGCAGUCUGUCCUGUCCGAGCAGGCAAACAAAGACGUGUUAGAGCAAAUGGAAAGAAGUAUGAGAGAGAAGGAUGAUAAAAUCAAAACGGUUGAAGAGCUGCUUGAGGCAGGACUCAUACAGGUGGCUAAUAAAGAGGAGGAGCUGAAGGCCUUGCUAACGGAAAAUUCAUCCUUGAGAAAAGAACUUCAAAGUCUGCAAAUUCAGCAAUCAGAGCAGGUUUCUUUCCAAUCACUGGUGGAAGAACUCCAGAAAGUAAUCCAUGAGAAGGAUGGGAAAAUAAAAUCGGUGGAAGAACUUCUGCAAGCUGAAAUCCUUAAAGUUGCUAGCAAGGAGAAAACUGUUCAGGCUUUGACACAGGAAAUAGAGGCUCUGAAAGAAGAAGUAGGAAAUUCCCAGCUUGAGAUGGAAAAACAGGUGUCGAUCACUUCGCAAGUCAAAGAACUGCAGACGCUGUUGAAGGGGAAGGAAAAGCAGGUGAAAACCAUGGAGGCCUUAUUGGAAGAGAAGGAAAAAGAGAUUGUCAAGAAAGGAGAAUGUUUGCAGGGUCAGCAAGAUACAAUUGCACAGUUAACCAAUAAAGUUCAGGAGUUAGAGCAACAGAACCUGCAACAGCUCCAACAGGUACCUGCUGCAUCCCAAGUCCAGGACCUGGAGAGCCUGUUGAGAGUGGAAGAAGAACAAAUGAACAAGUUGAAAGCUGUAUUGGAAGAGAAGGAGAGAGAAAUUGCAAACCAAGUAAAACAGAUGCAGGAUGUGGAAAAGGAAAAUGAAUCAUUUAAAGUUCAAAUUCAAGAAUUAAAACAGGAGAACUGCCAACAGGUGUCUCUGGCUGCCCAAAGGGAGGAGCUUCUGCAAGUUAUUGCAGGGAAGGAGAAAGAGAUCACCAGUCUCCAAAGCGAGCUCGCAUCUCAGAGAAAUGCUUUUGAGCAACAGAGGAAAAAGAACAACGAGCUUCGGAAGAAAAACUGGAAAGCAAUGGAAGCAUUGGCAUCAACUGAAAAAAUGCUGCAGGACAAAGUGAACAAGACUGCCAAGGAGAGGCAGCAGCAUUUGGAAGCUGCAGAGAUGGAGACGCGAGAACUUCUCCAGAAGCUCUUCCCGAAAAUGUCCCUUCCUUCGAACGUGAGUCAUAGGGAAUGGAUGUGUGGGUUUGAAAAAAUGGCUGAAGAAUAUCUGAGAGGAGCCUCAGGAUCUGAAGAGGUCAAGGCUAUGGAGCAGAAGUUGAAGGAGGCUGAGGGAAUGAACGCGCUGUUGCAGCUGGACUGUGAGAAGUACAAGUCAGUCCUGGCAGAGACAGAGGGGAUUUUGCAAAGGCUACAGAGGAGCGUGGAAGAGGAAGAGAGUAAAUGGAAGAUAAAAGUCGAAGAGUCGCAAAAGGAACUGAAGCAG